CAUAUCUAAACCAAUCACAGAAACUGAAACUGUCACCAUUUAAGGUGAUUGGUAGCCAGAAAUUUGGUCCACAUACAAAUGACCUUGUGGAGAAGGAUAAUAGAAACAUAUACACACCCACUUCAUCAUCUGAGUUAGGCAAUAUAAAAGGAAGAAAAGCCGGAAAUUUUUUCACAGUAUUAGUUAUUGUCAGCUUUAACUAUUUGCAGAUUUUGUUAAUAUAAUGUCAUUUUUUAUACGUAUUUCAAGACCUGAUUCUGCUUCACCUUGGGGAUUCUGUAUUCGAGGGGGAAGAGAUUUUGAUCAACCACUUAUUAUAUCUUCUGUGAGUCUUGGAGGUUUGGCAGAUAUCAGUGGCUUACGUACUGGAAUGCGUGUUUUAUCUAUUGGCGGUGAUCCUACUAGCCAAAUGACUCACCAACAAGCUAUUCAAGCAAUUAUACGUUGCUGCAAUGAUCUGGAAAUGGAGGUCUAUGAUACUGGCUUAAAUAAUUCUGGUUAUUCUACACCACUACAUCAAAUGAACAUGUCUAUAACACAAUCAUCACUAAAUAUUGAACUUCAUAAACCAAUAGAACCACUAAAAUCGCAAACGGUUAUAUCUAAGCUUGUUCAUAUUGGUACAAAUCCAACAAUAUCUCGUUCUCAUUCACCUAAUGGAAUAACAAUAAGAUCAUACCGUCCAAACUCGACUACAGUACAUAAUCGGAUAUUGGCUGAAAAACUAGAUACAAAUCGUACAUCACCAAUUUACACACCACAAAAUAAUAUAAGUUUAAAGUCAUCUUAUUCAUCAUUAUAUGAUCUGUCUAAAUAUAGUACAAUGAAUCAACCACAGUCUAAUAUCAAAACUAACACAAAACCAGAUAAUUCUUUACUAAGAGGAGUGAUACGUUCAAAAGAUUUUAAAAUUAAUCCUAUAUGUCAUGUAUGUCAACAACAAAUACACGGACCAUUUAUCGAUACGAAUGACAGAUGCUUUUGUCCAAAUCAUUUCAUAUGUGAUUAUUGUCAUCGACCACUAAACGAAGAUGGUUUCGCUGAACAGAAUGGAAAAUUAUACUGUGAAAAAGAUUUUAAACAACAUAUUGCUUAUAAAUGCACCAAGUGUAAUUUACCAAUUAUUGGUAAAAUUAUCAAAGCAAUAAAUCGAACAUGGCAUCCAUAUUGUUUCAUUUGUUAUUACUGUCAAAAACCAUUAGAUGAUAUAUUUCAUGUGGAAGAUGAUAAUCGUGUAUUAUGCGAAGAACAUUGGAAACAAUUUCAUGAGAUUGAAUGUGCGAAGUGUAAACAAUCCAUUUCAGAGAUCGACCGUUUUAUUCAAGCUUGUGGAAAACAAUACCAUGCUAGAUGUUUUAGUUGUGCUGCAUGUCAAAAACCACUUGAAGGUAAACCAUUUCAUACUAGAGAUCAAAAACCUUUUUGUCUCAUACAUGCGAAUGCAGUCGCACUAUUUGGUUGAAUAAAUAAUCUUAAUAAUUUUAAAGAAGUGAAUGACAGUAACUUGCCUUAUCUACCGUUCAGUGUUGGUUUUCUCACAAGUAUUUCAAUUGUAUUGAAAAUUGAAUUAGAUGGUUGUUAUAUCACGCUAGUCAGGUAAAUCAGAGUAUAUUUGCGUAUGGUCCUUCGAAACGGUUGAAUCCUUUAGUUUUUCUUGAGAAAUUUUAGAAAAUUGACCCUUAUAUUUUUGCACAAACACUGAUAUUUUGAUGAUCUUCCAUUAUUUCAACCCAAUUAUUCAAUUUUUAUGUGAAAUUUAUAAAUUAAGUUUCAGAUUAGCUUACCUCUCACAUAGAACUAACCUAGUUAGUAUUUUUAGUAUGUAUUUUGAAUAUUUUUAGUAAAAGUAAAACAAUUUGUCAUGAUUUCGUUUCAUUUUUAUAGUAUCAGUAAAUAAGUAGUAUUCAAUUAUCUAGAAUAUCAUUUAUUUGAAUAAAA